AUGCCCGUCCUGCUGCUGCUCCUGAAGGGCCUGAUGCCUCUCAUGGAAGAGCUCAAAGAUCUGUUCGACUUUGGAAAGAGCAAUGGUUUCUCCCAGCUUCAAGGGGCCAUCAGAGAGCUCGCCAAGACAGCGGUGUUCCUGAUGGCCAUGACGAACGAUGGACGAAUGAUCUCGUGGAGCAAGGGUAUGCGCCCAUUCGGGUGUCCGGCGGCGCGGGCUGCGGCCGCCCCGGCCCGCUCGACUCCCGAAUUCGGGGGCGAGCUGAGCCCGCCGCCGGCCGAGUGGCCCGCGGCGGGCGCUGCGGCUCCGCAGGCUGCGGAGCCUGGAGGCGCCGAGGAGCCGGCGCAGCUGACGGGCAGCGCUGUGGGCUGGACCCUGGCGCGGCGCCCGCGCCCCUCGCUGGGGCCCGAGAGGUGGGCCCCGCGCGCGCCGCUGGCGUACCUGUGGCUGCCGCCGGUGCAGCUGCGCGAAAGAUGCCGCCCGAGGGGCGAGCGGGGGCGGCCGGUGGGCGGGGGGCACGCGGGCGCGGGCGCGGGCGCGGCGGCCCUGGGCGUGGGGCUGCGGCUGGUGCUGGCGCUCGCGGGCGAGGUGCUGCCGCUGCCGCCGCCGCGCCGAAGCGCGGCGCCGCCAGCAGCGCCCGCGGCGGCCGCGCGGAGGCGAGCAGGCGGCGCUGGCCUCAACCCCGCCGCGGUGGCAGCUGCCCAGGCGGGCGGAGGCAACCCCCAGGAGCUGGCGGCGGGGCUCGCGCAGAUGGCCAGGGGGCUCGGCGUCGGCUUCGACCAGCAGCGGAUCGCCGCCGCCCUGCAUGCCAUGCAGGCCGGGGCCGCGCCCGCCGCUGGGGCCCCCGCCCAGCUCGGGCUUGGGGCUCAGCUCGCUGGAGCCCUCGCUGCCCCAGGGCCCCAGGCCGCAGGCGGAGCAGCUGCAGGCGUCGUGGCCGCCGACGGGCCGUUGCUCGGCAAGGGUCUGCAGCCGCACGUGCUGGCGCAGGCGGCGCUGACGACGGGCAGCAUCAUCGAGGUGCCGACGCACGACGACGCGCUGGCGGUGCUGAAGCUGGGGGCAAUCUGGGCUGCGGACGCCCUCGGCACGUUCGCCACGGCGGUGUUCGGCGGGGCGUCCACUCCCGUCAGCACGCUGCAGUUCGAGCAGGCGUGGAGUGCCGACGGCGGGGCCCCGCUGGUUCACCUCUGCUCGUGCCCACGAGAGGGAUGCCAAGCGGUGGCCGGCGCGCACUCCGUGUACCACGUCGACGUGCUGCGCGUGAGGAGCCCCCUGCAGCUCAGCGAGGCGUGGGCCCGCCCUGCUGCCCUGCUGCGCGCUGCGCCGGCUGGGGAUGCUGGCGCGGACCCGCUCGGCGAGGUGAGGUCCAAGGCGUCGCUCGAGGCGAAGGUGGCGCAGCUCAAGCAGGCGCUGAAGCGGCGCCGCGAGGGGCGCGCCGACCUCUUCAGCGCUGCGGCGAAGCGGGCGAGAGGUGCUGCCGAGCCCAGCAUCACUGGCGACGGAGGAGAUGCCGAGUCGCUUUUUCACGAUGCCCCCUCCGGCUCCGUGACGAACCGGGUCCAGCAGGCGGCGCGCCAACGCCCGGGCGCGCUGCUGGAGUCGGGCCUCUCCGAGAUGGCUCGAUUCCUGGGCGAGCGGGAGGGGGCGAGUACAGGAGGCAGCUCAGCACGAGUGGUGGCCUACCUGAACAGCAUCUUCUUCCGGACGAUCGCCCACGCGAUCGACGGCCUGCUCGAGGGGAAGCUGCCAGAGGUGGGCGACCUGCUCAUCCAGCGGCUGAAGGCCCUCGAGCUGAGCGUCCGCGACAAGGACUGGGCCGUGGUCAGCCAGCUGGAGCUCAUGGACGACCAGCCGGGGAUCGUGAGCUUGUCGGAGCGGCAGGCGGCCGCCCAGCACGCGCCGAUGCAGGCGCGGCUCGCGGAGGUGCGGAGCAAGGGGCGCCUGGCCGCGAGCCCUGACGGGGGGCGCUCCGUUCUGGAGGCGGAGUCACCGUGGCCGCCGCAGGGCAAAGGCGGGGGAGCUCCCGACGGCAGAGCGCGGUUCGCCCCCGAGGCCGAGGCGGCGGCGGUGGACCGACGCUCGGCAGCGGACGGGGUGAGCGGCAACCCUGUCAGGAAGGUCCUGCUGCGACCAGACGGCGACCAGCGCCCUGGCAAUCCCGAUGUGCCUCCGUGGAUCGAGAGGCUCCGCGCCCCUCGGCCGAAGGAGCGCGGCGGUGGAUCGAAGGGCUCGAAGGGCAAGGGCGCCGAGGGCAAGCGCAGCAAGGGGGCCAAGGGCAAGGGCAAGGCCCUCGGCGCGACUGCUGGAGGAGACCAGGCCGCCCUGGCUUGCAGGCAUCGCCCGCAGAAGAGCCCCGCGGCCGCCGAUCCCGCCGUCGGUGCCGAGGUGCUGCCGUCCGCUCUCGGGCGGCCUGCUGGAGGAGGAUCCGCCUUCGGCUCGCGCCCGCCAUGCCUGCAGGUCGCCGCGAAGGAGAUCGAGGAGGCCACGCCGCAUGACGUUCCGCAGGUGCUGCUGAAGCUGGCACGGCCGCUGCCCACGAGACUUGGCGAGGCUGCCAGGCGUCUGACACAAGAUGGGGGCAGGCCAACUUCCAGGGCAGAGGGGAGACAACGUGACCUCGCCCCCCUGCCCUUCGUUGCACUUCCAGACGCAGAGCUUCGCGGGUUGGGGGCGACCACGUCCCAGCAGGCGAAGGUAGCGAAGCAGUGGACGCAUGUGCUCAUCAUCGGCCUCAACCACCCGCGCGCCAACUGCUCGGCCGACCCCGAGAGGUGUGCGCAGCACGGGCCUCCCAGCCCAGCGCAGCUCAGGAGCCUGCGCAUGCUGGCUCGGGCAGCUCUGCUGUUCGUCACGCGGAGCCCCGAGCCCGUCGGGCCCACCGACUGGGCCAGAGAGUUGGCUAAGAAGCGGGUGGCCUACGACGGGGAGGAGGUCGGCACGGCGGAGACGCCCACGGUCGAGCAGGUGCUGCCAGCAUUGCCGCCUGUCGGGAUCGCGGCCUCCGUGGAGGCGGUCCCGCUCUGCGAUCCAGUGGUCCGCCGAGCGCUCCUCGAUGCCGACUCGAUGGUCCUCCCUGAGGGCGUCAGGCCGGUGGUGCCGCCGCAGGCGAAGAUCUGGGCCCCCAACGACGUCUGGGAAGAGCUGGUGGAGGUCCUGUGGGCUCGCGGGCUCGUGGGGCCCAUCGAUCUCAAAGACGCGCUGCACGUGGGUGGCAAGCCGGUCCUGUGCGGGGCCUCUGGCGCGCGGAAGGGGACCGAGCGGACCGUCAAGCUGCGCGACGGCUCCCGCGGCCACGUCCUGCGCCUCAUCAUGAACCUCGUGCCGUCCAACGUGAUGCAGCGCGUGGUCGGCGGGGACAUGGACCAGCUGCCCCUCUCGAGCCAGUGGUCGACCAUCACGCUGCUGUCUCACGAGAUCAUGCUGUUGACCUCCUCGGACAGGCAGUGCUUCUUCUACGUGUUCAGGCUGCCGCCGUGCUGGAGGAAGCCCAUGGCCUUCAGGACUCCCGUGCCUGGCCGCCUGGUGGGCAAGCCGGACAAGGUUUCGGUGCGCGUGGCCAGCACCACAGUGGCGAUGGGCUGGAUCUCAGCCACGGGAGUUUCGCAGCAUAUGCAUCGCAACGUGCUCAAGGAGCUGAUCGACCGCGUGGACGCCGAGGCUCUCCGCGGGAGUGUCAGCCCUCUGCUCGAGCUUGCGAGGGCGGCCUACGAGGCCCACGGCGCUCCCGGCGUGGCCGCCAAGGACGUGCUCCGCCAGUCUGAGACGCAGGCCCUGGGGGACAGGAUCGACGGCGACCUGGGCCGCAAGGAGCCGCCCAAGGGCUACACGAGCCAGCUCAUCUCGCUCACCCUGUGGGUCCUGGCCCAGCGCGGCACCUGCAGGAAGCACUGGCAGAUCGUGCUGGGGCGCUGGGUGCGCGCGUUCGCCCACCGCCGUGGCGGGAUGGCCGCCUUCGAGCACGUGUGGAGAUGGAUAUCGGGCUCCUCCCGCGGGCGGGUCCUCCCGCUGCCAGUGGUCGACGAGCUCCUGCUCGCGAUGUCGCUCGCACCGCUCUACUUCACCGACUUCCGGCUGAGCAUCUCGCCUGAGGUCACUUGCUCCGACGCCAGCCCGUUCGGAGCUGGUGGGCGCUGCGCUUCGGCUGCCCUGGGGCUCGACUGCUACUGGUACAUUUCGUCCGAGAUCGACCAGGUGGCGACACGCGUGGCAAGGAACGCGUUCCCAGAUCUCAAGGAGCUCUGGGACGUCAGGCUCGUCACCAGGGAGGUCUUCGUCACCAUCCGCAACGGGUGCCGUUGGGGCCGCAAGCUCCUGCUCAUGGGGGGCUUCCCGUGCCAAAGUUUGUCGCGCCUCAACGUGGACAGGAAGGGCCCCUCGGAUCCUCGCAGUGGGUCGGUCGGCGAGAUCGUGCGCAUCCUGGACAUCGUCGAGGUGGAGUUCAGCGAGUGGGAGGUGGAGUUCCUCUUCGAGAACGUGGACUCCGCCGACCAGGCCGACAUCGGCACGGUCACGAAGCUGCUGGGCCGCAAGCCGUACAGGGUCUGCGCCUCUCAGGUGCUCAUGGGCUCCCCGCGCGGCCACGCUCGGGUCGCAGUUCCAUCAGGCGUGCUGAAGGAUGACUUGCAGCACGCUGAGUCGGUCCGCUGCAGCCUCCUCUGGAAUGCCUUUCACGUGGAGGUCGUGGCGUGGCUGCUGGGGCACCUCGCCGUCAAGUGGCAGUUCUUGGCGAGCGUUCCCUCGGUCGACCUCCUCAGGGAGUCGGCCCGCCCGGUGGCCGUUAGCGCAUUUUGCAGCUCGCGCGGCUUUGCGCCGGAGCAGGCCCUUGUGCUGGACGUGAUGAGGUCGACGUCCACGAAGGGCUCCGACGUGAGGAUCUCGACUGGAGAGCUCGUCUCAUCCUCGGGGUGGCCCCGACUCCCGAUCCCCGCCAACUUGCGGCGCUGGUCCGUGGCCCUGCAGUUCAGCUGGCAGCAGACGGCGCACAUCAACGAGCUGGACAUGGGCCUACCUGUCGGCUCUCCGCUGGAUCGAGAUGCUGCGGAGAGCACCGCCGGCAUCGCCCACGUGCUGUGGCAGCUCGGGCGGCAAGAUGCAGCGGUGCUCAUCCUGGUCGCCUUCCAUUGCUUGCUGCGGACGGGCGAGCUCAUGUCCAUCCGCGCCGAGCACGUGCUGAUCAGUGCGAGCCACACAGGCCUCGCCGCUCUGCCGUGGACCAAGAGCAGGGCCAGGAGAGGCGCGCAGGAGCUGGUCACCGUCGACGACCCAGUCGUGGGCCGCGCGCUGGCGUGGCUCCGCCAGCGGCAGGGCGUGGGGCCACUGCCGUUGGGCGCAGGCGCGCAGUUCCGCCUGCUGUUCGAGCGGGCGUGCGUCCAGGCUGGGCUCGAGGAGGUUGGCCUCAAGCCCUACAGCCUGCGCCGUGGCGGUGCGACGCACGACAUGUGCACCCGCGGCGACCUCGGGCGCACCGUUCACCGCGGCCGCUGGUCCGACCGGCGCACGGCGCAGAUCUACAUCAACGACGGGCUGGCGGCGCUGGCGCAACAGCGAGUGCCAGACGCCGCCGCCGGAGACUUUGCAGCGCGAGCUGCCGCUCUCGCGCGGCUGCUCGCGUCCCUGUGA